GAAUGCGGGAAGAUGACCCCCUGCGCCCACGUGCUCGCGUAAAGAGCUGAUGCUGGCUGGCCUUCUCCAUACCAAGCCUCUAGUGUACCUCACUCCGGUCUAGUCCUAUCCACGACCAUACACAUUUUCUGGACUCCAAGCUUCUUCUUCUACAUUACUGCCAUGAUGCCGUCGAUAGGGAGUCUUGUGUACUACAGCGCGGUCGUGGCCUGGUCCGCUGCCGUUUACCAAUUCCUCGUCAAAGACAUUCUCACAGUCACUCUCGGCUUGGGUCGCGUGAUUCAGUCCAUUGAUGAGUUUCCUUACUCAUGUCAGCGCAUCGAGCAUCCCCACCUGGAGGCCUGUGAGGAUCUUUGGCUCGAUGAUAUAGAGCGGGUUUUGUAUGCAGCAUGUGCAGGCACCAAAAGCCGGAUGGCCUGGAGCCCCGUCAUCUCCCGUCUGGACGCAUCAGGCCGCAGACCCACUGGCAGUGAACUCAUAGCAAUCGACAUCGACUCCUUCGGCACCAACCGAUUCUUCUCCCACCGCUCCAUCGUCCCCCAAGGCUCCUUCGGCGCGCGCGGAGACGCAGUUCUUGACACUGUCGGCUUCACCGGCGAAUCCAUCGACGCCUCCACCAUCCACUUCUACUUCCCCAACGUGCCCCCUUAUCACGGCACACUGUUCGCCGCCUCCGAAAUGGGCGCCAACGCUUCCGUCGAGGUCUUCGAAUUCAAGCGAGGCAACGACGGCAGUGGUUCGUUCAUCUAGCUUAUCAUCAUAAUGAAUGCAUAUCGCAUGCACACGACACAAAGUUAGAGUUUCAUCACAUGAUGCACGGCACUGCUGAUCGUCCAUCUCGGAUUGACUUCUGACUAUUUC